AUGCCUACAAGUAAGCAAGUCAAAGCAAUCUUUGCCCCCCUGGAGCGAGGCGAGGGUGCCGCCUUCUUCCAGAACGUCGUGGACGACGUGGACUGGACUCUAAAAGGAACAUUCUGCGAAGUCUCCGGCCACUAUCACUCAAAAGCCGAGUUCAAUGCCGGUAUCAAGGCGCUCAGCGCCACUUGGGCGGGGCCGUUGAAACUUGCCGUUGAGAACGUUAUUUGUGAUGGCCGGCAGGCGGCGGUCGAGCUGAGGGCCGUGGAUAUGGUGUGCAAGAAUGGUCUGCCGUUUUCUAACGAGUAUACCUGGAUCUGCGAGUUCAAUGAGGAGAAUAAGAUUGUCAAGGUUAGAGCGUACAUGGAUACUGAUUUGGUGACUCGAUGCAUUCGCGAGAACCAGUAG